AACCUUCUUCUCGACGACCAUUAGCUCAUCACAUCUUCACCUUCCCUUCUCGAUCUCAUGUUUGAAAUAUCCCAGUACCUACUUAUAUCUUUAUACACAAGCAAUAGCUUUGCUAACUUUCAACCACCGAUCCAUAUAAUAAAACCCGUGCCAAUUCCCAUAACUUUCAGACACCCCAUUCUUAAUGACCUUAUAGCUGCUCCCUCUUUAAUUGGAAGUGAUAAGAAAUAUCACAUGUUCUGUAAUGAGCCAUCCCAUAGCUACUGCAACUUCCUUUGAACAGUUUUGUUAGGCCGAGGACCACCUUCAUAUGUCAUUCUUCACAGUGGAGAAAGGUCGUCACAAAUUUCCAACUGCUUAUUAGUGAACUCCACGUACCAUCAUGCAAAGUCCAGCAGAGAAAAAACCAGGCGUCUACACCUACGUGAGUCAAUGGCCAAUCUACUCCUUGGCUUGGUCAGUUCGCCAAGACAAGCCUUCACGCCUCGCCAUAGGAAGCUUCAUCGAAGAGUACAGCAACAAGGUCGAACUAGUCCAAUUCAACCCGUCCACCUCCGACUUCACCACUGAUAAUCGCCUCAUUUUCGACCACCCUUAUGCCCCCACAAACAUCAUGUUCUUCCCUUCCGGGGCGGCCACCAAUCCAGACCUCAUAGCCACCUCCGGUGACUACUUACGCAUUUGGGAGAUCCAUGACGACCGAAUUGAGCUCAGGUCCCUGCUCAAUGGGAACAUGAGCAGCGAGUUCAACUCGGCCAUAACAUCAUUUGAUUGGGCCGAGUUUGACACUCGACGUGUGGCAACAUCAAGUGUCGACACAACCUGUACGAUUUGGGACAUUGAAAGGGAGGCCGUGGACACCCAACUCGUAGCUCAUGACAAAGAAGUGUAUGACAUUUCUUGGGGUGGAUUCAAUGUAUUUGCUUCUGCUUCUGGGGAUGGCACUGUUCGGAUAUUUGACCUAAGAGACAAAGAGAGGUCGACCAUAGUAUACGAGAACCCUGCUCAAGAUGGGUCAUUGUUAAGGCUAGAAUGGAACAAACAAGACCCAAGGUUCAUAGCCACGGUUGGAAUGGACAGCAACAGGGUGGUGAUAUUGGACAUUAGGUUUCCCACAGCACCAUUGAUGGAGCUCAAAAAGCAUGGAGCUAGUGUGAAUGCCAUUUCUUGGUCGCCACGCAUGGGGCACCAGCUAUGUUCUGUGAGUGAUGAUUCAAGGGCUAUGAUAUGGGAGGUGGUGAGAUCCGGAUUUGGAUCCGAUGGGGCGGACAUGGAGCCGGAGAUGUGGUAUGGAGUGACGGCUCAGAUUAAUCAAGUGCGGUGGUCACCUGUGGAGUUGGAUUGGGUUGCCAUUGCUUUCUUGAACAAGUUGCAGCUAUUGAAGGUUUAGAAUAAUUGUAUGGUAAAGGUUUGAUGGCAAUUCCAAGUUACGUGGUAACAGUAGCUAGAGUUGUGUAAUUACUAAUGGAAAUGAAAUGGUGACUAAUUUGACUAUGAGCAAGUUCACAUGUUGGAUCACUGAA